AUGACUGGAGGCAAAUCUGGAGGCAAGGCCAGCGGCAGCAAGAACGCCCAAUCCCGUUCGUCCAAGGCCGGUCUCGCCUUUCCCGUUGGACGUGUUCAUCGUCUCCUCCGCAAGGGCAACUACGCUCAGCGUGUUGGUGCCGGUGCUCCCGUUUACCUCGCUGCCGUUCUUGAGUAUCUCGCCGCCGAAAUUCUUGAAUUGGCUGGCAACGCUGCUCGCGAUAACAAGAAGACCCGUAUCAUUCCCCGUCACCUUCAGCUCGCCAUCCGCAACGAUGAGGAACUGAACAAGCUCCUGGGUCAUGUCACCAUUGCCCAGGGUGGUGUCCUCCCCAACAUCCACCAGAACCUUCUGCCCAAGAAGACCCCCAAGAGUGGAAAGGGUCCGGGAAGCCAGGAGCUGUAA